AAAAGCACUCUCUAACUGCUCUCUUACACAAAAAAGACAGACACAAACUCUCAUUUCAUUUUUGUUUAUACAUUUUACAAUAAAAAUCAAGAAAACUAAGCUAUUUAUCUAAAUAUGAAGAUGAAUCACAAAAUGCAACCACCAACGGAGGUGGCGGUGGCGGUGCAGCUCCCAGAGUCAAAGGUGGCAGCUACAGAGAACGUCAGUGGAACAAUCAGUGGCCCACUAGUGGGGUCUGGCGGUGGCGCUGUAAGACGUUUUGGCCGGAAAGAUGACGUCAUGCAUGUAUUACUUAGGUUAUUAUGUAUAGUAACCUCUGUAAUAGCUGUGUGUUUCAUGGUCACAGCUCAUCAGUCUAGCACUGUUUCCAUCUAUGGCUUUACUCUUCCUGUUCAUUCCAAGUGGUCAUUCUCUCACUCUUUUGAAUAUUUAGUUGGAGUAUCAGCAGCUGUUGCUGCACAUUCUUUGCUGCAAUUUCUCAUUAGUUUCUCAAGAUUGCUUACAAAAUCUCCAAUCAUUCCUUCAAGAAGUCAUGCUUGGCUUCUUUUUGCAGGCGAUCAGGUAUUUGCAUACGCUAUGAUUAGCGCUGGGGCUGCAGCUUCAGGAGUCACUAACUUGAAUCGCACAGGAAUCCAACAUACACCGUUACCGAAUUUCUGCAAGCCGUUACAUUACUUCUGUAACCAUGUUGCUGUUUCGAUAGCUUUCAGUUUCUUAAGCUGUUUCUUGCUGGCUGCAUUAGCUGUUCAGGAGGUUAUCUGGCUCUCCAAGUCUAAGUAUUGAAAUUAGUUUAAGUAUGUAUACUUUGUAGGAAAUGUGUUCUUGCUCUUAUUAGUUCUGCUGAUUUUCUACUUUCUUGGUAAUAUUGAAUGUAAUUCCAUUGAUUGAGACGCAUAAGGUUUUGCCCGUAGGGAUGUAAUCGAAUCGAAAUACUAUCAGAUUCGAUUAAAUUCUACUAUAAUAUUCAGAGUUUAAAAUUUAAA